UUUAUUUCUCUUUCUAGUGCCAGAUUGGCCUCUCUCUUUGGUCUGGAUCAAACAGUCUCAAGCCAUGGAAAUGAAUUCUUCCAGUACACAGCACCAAAGCAGCCUAAGAAGAGCCAAACAGCAGCAGGCCAAGCAGCCCAGAAGGCUCCUGUGGCCCCAGCAGCUUCAGGAGCUCCAUCUGUGUUUGUGGCCACUGCGGUUCAUGCUUAUCGAUAUACAAAUGGGCAGUACUUGAAGCAAGGCAAGUAUGGAGCAGCUGUAGUGGGGAACCACGCCACUAAAGAGUACAGGCUCCUCCUUUACAUCAGUCAGCAGCAGCAGAUCACAACUGCAAGGAUUCAUCCAGGCUUUGUACUCACGGUCCAACCCAACAAUUACAGUACGUUCUAUGAUGAUCAGAGACAAAACUGGUCCAUCAUGUUUGAGUCAGAAAAGGCCGCAAUGGAUUUCAGCAAGCAGGUGUGCAUUGCCAAGUGCAACAGUUCCCCUGUCCUGGAUUCAGUCCUCUCCCAGGAUCUCCUUCUUGGAGAGGGGCAGGGAGCAGAAGGAGGAGACUCUCUGGAGGUUGCCUAUACGGGUUGGCUGUUCCAGAACAAUGGGCUUGGACAGGUGUUUGACUCAAAUGUUAACAAAGACAAGCUGCUGCGCCUAAAGCUGGGAUCUGGAAAGGUCAUCAAGGGCUGGGAAGAAGGAAUGAUGGGGAUGAAGAAAGGAGGCCGAAGGUAUCUCAUCAUUCCUCCAGCAUGGGCAUAUGGAGCUCAGGGAGUGGCUGGCCGGGUCCCUCCAGACUCCACUUUAGUUUUUGAAGUGGAAGUGAGGCGG